GUUAGGUUAGAAAAGUGUUUAUUGUUGAUUGAUGGUUAAACGUGACGUGUGUCAAAUUAAUAUUAUUUUAAUAUCACAAAUAUGGAAUAUGAAACACAAAAUCCAGCGAUGGAUACUGAAAUACCAGAAAGAAGGAAUCCAAAAACCAAUAAAAGGAAAUUGGACAAAAUAGCCAGGGUUAAAGGUGAACCUUUUUUUAAUAAUAAGGGAAUAGCCAAGCAAGCUAGAGUUACUGGGCCAGAUUGCAUAUGUGCUCGAUUAAAAUGCUUUGAGAAGAUUACAGAAGACAAAAGAAAUACCACUUUAACCAAAUUUAAUAUGCUGCAAUCUAAAGAUGCCCAGGACAGUCAUCUUGCUGGAUUAAUAUCAUUUGGCCCCCCACGGCAAAGAUGUGCCACAGGAUAA